AUGAAACGACAGGUUGACCUCAAUGAUCGGCUCAACCAAAUUCAAUAGUCUAUCUAAAAACUAAAAGAUCAGUUGCAAAUGAAUCUAAUUCGCAUUCAAUGAAAGUUCAAUUCCUAUUUCAAAUAUAUUCUUUUUGAGGACUUUUCUAUAUGAAACUAAGCUUUAAAUACCACUCCAUCCGAAAUUAAUAAUGUUAAGUAUUUUCCAGAACACAAUUAUCUUUUCACAGAAAAAACAAAAAGAAAAAAACGCGAUCAGAAAAAAGAGAAAAAAACUUUGACGGAACCAUGCUCCAGUGCAAUUUGAACGUCUCUAGUACGCCCUCGAGGGAAAUUCUUGUUCUUUUCCCAAGAUCGAGUACUAUUUUUUGUUUAUUUGUUUACUUUUAAAUUUUAUAUGAUUAUAAACUCGUUCCUAUUUCACAAGAUUCGCAUAAACUCGAGAAAAAUUAGGUAUCAUAUAUCAGAGCUGAGAUGCUUUAGUUUUUUAGCGAUUCUUAUUUUUUUUUAGCCUUAAAAGUUUAGUUUUUAGCAAUUUCCUUUUUUUACGAUUCGUUUUUUGUUUAUCUUCAUGUUUGAAUUUUUAAUUGAGAUGAGUGGCAGUUACUCUUAUAUCUGGUCUUAGAAAAAACGUUAAUUUUUGAUCUGAAGCCUAUAAUUACGUAUCUCGUUUAAUUUAUAAUGUAAUCGUUCCGUCUGUCUUUACAUAACUUUACUCUCUCAUAUAUCUUUGGAUAGCUUUUUAGCGUUUUGAACUUUUUUUAAAUUUGGUUACAUAAGUUUUUUGCAGUUUUUCUUCGGCACCCGUUCGAUGAAAUUCAAAGGAUUUUAGCAUUUUUCAAACAAAAAAAAAAGUAAGAUUUGUGUUUUCUAUAUAUAUUGUAUUGCGCAGCAUUUUUAGUCAAAAUGGAUGCUGCUAAGAAAAGAAACCUACGCGAGAUUAUGAAAUGCUUGGACAUUCCGCCGACUGAGGUUUUGUUUGAAAAGAAAAAUCUUUUUUGAUUUUAAUGAUUUUUUCAGGCUGUCAAGGAAAAUGUAGCAGUUCCGCCCACUGCACCAGUAGCAAGGCUUCUGCCAAGAAGUCAGAAUGUGCGGAAAAGAAAGGCGCAGUUUGAUCGGAGUACGUUUUCUGUUAAUUUCAUUAACUUACCAGGGAACGUUUUUUAACCCCUGGUUGAAAUUUUGCUGAAACUUUGCUGAAGUGUACUUUAGGUCCCCCUGAUUGCAGAUCAAGAAAGAAAUUUCUCGCAAUAGAUCUUGUUUCCGAGUUAUGGAGCUUCAAAGUGAGCAAAAUACGCAAUUUAGGCCAAAAAGGCGCUAUCGGGCUUUUCAAGUGUCCUAAAUCGAAAAAAAAAACGUUCCCUAGUGAGCUCUCAAUAAUUGAAAAUUUUCGUUUUUCAGUGACAGAAGAAGCCUGCAAGAAAAUGAUAACAAUGGAGAAUGACAUACCCAGAGCAAAGUUGCCAGAUGAAACGGUUUGUCGACUCUUAUGAAUCAUUUUUAUCGAAUUAAUUAGAAUUUUUUAAAGAAUGGUGUGAAAAGUGGGUCUCCGCCUAGACGACCAGCCAACCCGACGAUUGGAAAAUCAACGGCCGAUAUCAAGGCUCAACAAUCCAGAGCUUGUACGUUUCAAAAUUUUCAUAUAAGGCCGUGUUCUAAGAUUUCCGCAUUCAGAUCGUCUAUGUCUCUCCAAAUUUCAGUCAUUUUUUUUUUUCGCUCACUGACGGCCAUUUUGGAUUUAUCGGAAUCACUUCGAACACGGCAUAAAAAUAUAGUUUAGGAAUUUAUUCUUAUUUCCAAUCAUUCUUGUUUCAAACUUUGAAAAUGAAAAUGGCAUCGAACUUUUAAUUUUGGUAGGAAGCUCAAAAGUCUUGUAGAAAUAUUGAAAAUUUUUUAUAGGUUCUUCAAAUUUCUUCCGCUUGUAGAUUUAAUUUUUCAUGGCUUGGAAAACCCUGUUUUUUUUUCGAAAAAAAGACAUGAAAAUUUUGAUUUUGAUUUUGAUUUUUUUUUUUUUAACAAACUUGACCCAUGGUUCAGGCGUCAAAAGAAUCGCCGAUAUACUUAUGGGUGUCCGCGAAAAAUCGGACAAACCUCGAGAAAUGAAAAGGUCAACGGCGCUUCCAGUAAAGUCUUCGGCGGAACCUCACAUCAAGACGGAGCAGAACAGCGUCGCAAGGUAAUUUUUAUGUUUUAUGACGAAAAUAACGCAGAAUAGUUGUUGACAAUUUGUAAAAAUAACGCAAAUUACUUGAAAUUUGAGGGUAAGCUUAAUUCAAUCAAACCAAUCAAAUCAUUUAUUUUGUUGUUUUAGUCUGAUGUAAUCGACUAGGCGGUGAACAAGAACUUUAAAAGCUAUAGCGAACAACCGCCUUUGGCGAACUAGAAGUCCAAACGUGUAGUCGAAAGAGUUGAAAGCAUGGUUUUACGGUCCUUCGCCUCGUCCUUCUGCGCGUAGUCCAUCCAGUUGCGCCUUGACGAGCUCAGAAUGUAGCAGAUCUUGUGCUGGAGCCCGGAGACCGUGCUCUAGGUGGAAGCCUCAGAAUGAGAGCGACCACUUCGAGUGAAGAUUUUACACGGAAUGAUUGUGGAAGAAAUUGAUGUUAAAUAAAAUAUAGUUAUUGAAACUCAAAAUUUUUUAUUUUUUCAAUAACUUGAGACCGUAUCAAAUAAAUGAAUCGAUAGAACCGUUUUCAGUCCCAAUUCGGAAUGGUGAAUAAUGGCCGCUAAAAAAGAGAGGCUCAAAAGAGGCCUCAAAAAGGCAGCAAAGAGACUCCGUUUAUCGAGCCUUCCAUUUUUUGUAGGAUUUUGAAGGCUCAAGAAAUUGUAGAAAAAGGGAGAGACAGCAAAAAUGGUGCAUAAGGGCUGAAAAAAUGGCGCAAAAAUGCAACAAAAAAAGAGCCUUUGUCACCAUGAAAGGAAGAUUUCUAAGGAUCCUCUUUCCAUGCUUUCCGACUUUGCUUAUGGUGUUACCGUGCUCUCUCCCCAGAUUUAUGUGCGUUUUUCUUCUGACUUUCCCAAUUUCCAGCUCAAUCGAAAGAGUAAUCGCCAAUGCGAGAGCGCCGCUUCCAACUCCGGGGACUGCGAAACCCGUCCUCCCGGUCAAAGAAUCGAUUCCCAUCUCACCUGAAGUUUUGCGACUUCCUCCAAGUAACCGUGCUCCUGUGAGGCAGAACAACGCCACGUUCGCUCCUCAACUCAAUGAGAAAAUGCCCUUUUUCGAAGCAACCAGGACUUUUUACUUGGGCCUCGCCCAACUGUCCCUCCAAGCUCCUGGUAAACCAAUUUUCGAAAAAAUUGAGUUGAUAUAAUUUUGCAGGCAAAGUCUCGAACACCAAGAAAGCCGCCCUGGAAAGAAUCUCCAACGCCUUGCUCGGCAUCAAAGAACGAGAAUACCAAGGAGUGUUGUGA